AUGGCCCAUGGCAAUUAUUCAGUGGUGUCUGAGUUCCUCCUCUUGGGACUCACGGAUAAUCCAGAGCUUCAGGUCAUUCUCUUUGGCAUAUUCCUACUCAUCUACUUAGGCAGUGCAGUGGCUAAUCUUGGAUUGGUUGUGGUAAUACAAAUUAGUCCUCAGCUUCACACACCCAUGUAUUUUUUCCUCACACACCUGGCUUUCAUUGAUUUCUGCUUUACCUCCUCAAUCACUCCAAACACUCUUGUGAAUUUUCUACGUGAAGUGAGAAGUAUAAAAUUCUAUGCCUGUGCCAUGCAGUUAUUGUGCUUUAUCACCUUUUUGGUUUCUGAGCUGUAUUUGCUCUCCAUCAUGGCAUACGAUCGGUAUGUGGCCAUCUGUAAUCCUUUACUUUAUGUCGUUCUCAUGCCCAGAAAGCUCUGUAUUCAAAUCAUGGCUAGUACAUACAUGUAUGGAUUUGCUGUGGCUCUUGCACAGACACUAGCAACGUUUCAAUUAUCCUUUUGUGACUCCAAUCGGGUCAACCACUUCUACUGUGAUGACGUUCCCCUAGUUGAGCUGGCCUGUUCUGACACAAGUAUCAAAGAGAUGAUGUUGCUAAUAAUUGCUGGAUUCAAUACUCUUUGCUCUCUAUUGAUUGUGAUCAUUUCUUAUGUCUUCAUCCUGUUUGCUAUCUUGAGGAUGCAUUCUGCGGAAGGGAGAAGGAAAGCAUUUUCUACCUGCGCAUCCCACCUGACUUCCAUCACAAUAUACUAUGGGACAAUCAUUUUUAUGUAUCUACAGCCUAAGUCCAGCCAUUCGCUGGACACAGAUAAACUUGCUUCUAUAUUUUAUGUCGUAGUGAUUCCCUUGUUAAAUCCACUGAUCUACAGCUUGAGAAACCAGGAAGUAAAAAAUUCCCUGAAGAGAGUGAAAGAGAAGUUAUGUUUGGGUAGCAAAUAA